AUGCCCUGCAACAUAGCAUUUCCUAUUAUGAGUUACUGGCAAUUGUUGUGGCUGUUUUUUGUUGAGGGUGUUGAAUGGAGGAAUAAACAAGUCAUAAUUUUCACAGAUAACCAGGCUGUUGUUCAGAUAUGGUGUAGCGGCUCAUGUAAAUGCCCACACAUCAUGAACUUGGUCAGGAAAUUGUUUUUCUUUCUUGCACAACAUAACAUAAACUUGUUGUUACGUCAUAUUGAGGGUGCAACUAUUCAAGACGUGUCCAGACGCACUAGCAGAACCCUCUCCACUACCUCAAUCAGUGUUGGAAGUCUUGAAGACGAAUUGAGGUGUUACUUUACUGCUGCUCCUGCUCCAAACACUAGACGAACUUAUUUAUCUGGCCACCGUAGUUAUGUUCGUUUCUGCAAAAGCCUGCAUAUCGCACCAUAUCCUGCAGUUGAACGCACCUUGCAACUCUAUGUUACCUUCCAAGCUCGCCACGUUACAUAUAACACUAUUAAAGUGUAUUUAUCCGCAAUUCAAUACCAAAGUGUAGUUCUUGGCUUCUCCACACAAAUUUAUACAAUGCGUCGCCUCUACUAUGUCGUGGGUGGUAUUCGCAGAUCACACCCACAUCAACGUUUAAGACGUCUACCAAUCACCCCUGUUCAUUUGCGGGAUAUGCUGCGAUUUGUUGGCCAAUCAGGGUUUAAGCCUAUAGAUAAACUAAUGUGGCGUGCCCUCAUCCUACUUGCGUUCUUCGGUCAUCUUCGCGUUUCUGAAUAUGUGUCACCAUCAGUUAAAACAUUUGAUGCCUCUGUAAAUCUCAUGGCCACAGAUAUUUUUAUUGACUCGGACUCUAACAUAGCAACUGUUAAUAUAAAGUGUUUCAAAACUGAUCCAUUUCGAAUGGGUUUCAAAAUUCGCUUGGCUCGUAUUGGCGGUGAGCUCUGUCCAGUAGCUGCUUUGGAAAAUUACCUUCUCCUUCGCGAUACAACGCCAGGUCCAUUGUUUGUUUUACAUUGCGGCGACUUUGUUACCAAAAAAUAUGUGUCUUCCUUCCUAAAAAUUAGUUUAUCACUUCACGUUGAUCUUAAUACACAUAGUUUUCGCAUUGGAGGUGCUUCUGCAGCAGCGUCAUGUGGCAUUCCGGACUCAGCUAUUAAAAUCAUUGGGAGAUGGUCUAGUGACUGCUAUAGACGAUAUAUCCACCUAUCUAUAGGGCUAUGA